GAAAUUUUUCGAUUUCCGGUAUUCAGUUGAAACAACGUGCUCUUCGAAUGUCACCUAAAUUGAAUCUACUCAUUCUAAAGGAUGUUUGUAAGGUAAACAAUCUGUUGAUGAUGAUAACCUAAUCAACCAGAUUCAAGAUGGGUGUGAAAGGAUUAACACGAUUUAUUGACAACAAUCCAGGUUUAUUAAAAGACUUCCAACUAAGAGAUAGCCGUGUAAUAUUUGAUGGCAAUAACCUGUACCACUUUCUUUAUCACACCUACAACAUAAGACAACAGUUCAAUGGAGAUUAUGCAAACUAUGCCAAGAAAAUAAAGCAAGUGUUUCUUAAUUUAAAAAAGUGUAACAUACAACCAUGUGUUAUAUUUGAUGGAGGAUAUAACACUGAUGACAGGAAACACCAAACUGUUUUGGAAAGAGCACGUGACAGGGUUAAAUGGUCAAGUAAAAAUAAUUUAAGAGGUUCUAAAAAUCUCCUACCUAUUCUCUCUUAUGAAACAUUUAGAUGUAUUUUGGAUACUUUGGGUGUGGAACAUGUAACAUGUGACUAUGAAGCUGAUGAACAUAUAGCAAUACUUGCCGAAAAAUGGAACUGCCCUGUUAUAAGCAAUGAUAGUGACUUUUAUGUUUAUAAUAUUAAAGCAGGGUUUUUCCCCAUGGAUUAUGUUGACUUUCGUGUUAAACGCAAAAAAGUCAAAGAUGGAGAAACUGGAAAAACGAAAACACAUUUAUAUAUCUUGGUUCAAAAAUAUCAUCAUGAUCAUUACUCUGAAGUUUUUGGAAAAUUCAAUCCACAAUUUAUGCCUCUCUUAGCAACAAUUUUAGGAAAUGAUUUUGUGAAUGGUAAAGUUUUUGGUCCUUUCACAAGCAGGUUUAAGCGCCCAGCUUCAAAUAAACCCAAAAUAUCUAAACGUUAUUCCAAAACUGCUGCCUUAGUUUCUUAUCUAAGGAGAUAUGGUUCUCUUGAAGAGGUGGUUCAAAACAUCAUAGAGCAUUUUCAAGAUGAGCAAAAAUCUGUCAUACAGAAAACAAUUCAAGACUCUGUAGCAUCUUACACCUUUAUAAACACUGCUGAAACCUUUUUGACGGAAUAUUUAACAGGUUCUCUUGAAGUAAGCACAAUUCAAAGAAAUGAUUUUUUCGGGGAGCCCAUACCAGAUUGGAUAGUGAAUGCUCUUCUCAAAGCAGAAAUAUCCCCAUUUGUUCAAAAUGCGUUAGUUCUUCGACGUGUGAUAUUACAGUGCCAAGUGGAAGAAUUGAGGAAACCAUCUUCUCAUGAGAUAUCAAAACAUAUAAGGAGAGUUAUAUAUGGGGUGCUCUUUAGUUCACAGAAAACUAAAGACCUGGAUGAUAUGCGAGCUAGCAGAGACACCCACAUAGAAGAAUAUGAUAGAAAAACAAGUGAUGUAGGCAAAACUUAUACAAUACCUAUAACAGAGAUAGGUGAUUUUUGUAAAGUAUUGGGUAUAAGAGGUCUACCAAUAGUUGAUAUAGAGAGGAGACAAGAUCUUCUAUUACAUGUUCUAGCAGUGUCUAAAGAAUUUAUAGGCAGGUUUCAUAGCUCGCUGCAGUUGUUGAUGGUCAUUACUGUGUAUUGGGCCAGAUCAGCUGGCAUUCCUAAAUAUCACUUAGCAGCUUACCUAUUAAAUGUACUUCUGCUUAGAAUAUCAAGCUUUUUGUUGGCUAAAGACAAAGAUCCAGAAGAUAACCUGGAUAAAGAACAAGAAUUUGAUGAAGCGAUGACUGUUGUUAAGUCACCACCUCCCAAAGGAAAAGAUUUGGGUAAGUCUUCAAUAGAUGACCUUGAGGAAAAGGCAGUUUCUGCACUGAAAUUAUUAUCUGUAGAUGAAACUAAAAACAUUGCACCAAAUACAAUUGAAUUCAAUUCUGUGUUUCAAUCAGUGUCUCCUGUUCUUGGGUUAAUCAAAAGAAAUUUAAACAGAGAUAUUACCAACUUGCCCCACGUUACCUGGAAGUAUGAAUGGCCUCCAAGACUUUCCCAUUGCUAUUCCCAAUUACAGUCAUGCAUUUUGUACACAAUAAACUUAAACCAACUUCUUCUCACGCCUUUUGUCGACCCAGUCAUCCCAGAGUCUUAUGAUGGCUCAACUCUUUUUCUAAUUAGUAAAGCUAUGCAGACAAAAGAGAACAUGGUACUAUUUGCUUCUAAGAUGUUAUGCGGUGACAUUACCCUCUUACGACUUUUCAAGCAAAUGUUGGACACAGUUUCAUCAGAAGUUGGCGAAGAAAAUUUUGUUGAAACCUACACUAUGAAACGAAGAAGGAAAAAGGAAGAAAAAGAUCGGACAGCUAAAAUUAACCUUGUUGUAGCAGAGAUGAAAUUAGACUCACCCUCUUACUCUGAGUGUGAAAGUUCUGAGGAGGAUGAAGACAUUAAAAGAAUUGCUUUUGAUUGUGACGUUGUAAAUCGAUUUAGUUUCUUAUGAUUUCAGUAGGUGUAUUAAAUUUAUGUCUGAUAAUUUGUCGUCAUACACCAGACAUGUUUACCCAUUUAAAAGUAUUUUUGAAUUCCGCUUUCGUUGUGUUAUGAUAUACUGCUGUCUCAAUCUAAAGUAUGGUACACCCGUUUGUAUGAAUGGUAUUAGGACUUUUUUCAUAUUGGGAGUGGGACCCAUAUUCGUCCAUAGAUGAAUGGGCGUCACUGCCACAAAAGCAAAUAAAAAACAAACUUUAAGCAGCAUUGUUGACUACUACUGCAUACACGCAAUUACUCUGUUCUGUUAAUACAUGUACAUGUAUUUAUUUAAACUUAAAGGUACUUUUCACGCCUAAAUCAGCCAUCGGAACUCCUUUUGUACAUCAAACCAGCGGAAGAGUCAAGGGAACUCCUUUUACACCAUCAAAUCGACGGAACAGUCAUGGGAAACCCCUUUUGCAGCCAAAAGAAAUAGACACCAUAUUUCAACUAGCUGAUAAUGUACUUAAAAACAAAGAAUUUUACCAUUUUGUACUUGGAAACAAAGAAUUUUACCAUUUUGUACUUGGAAACAAUGAAUUUUUGAGGAGCAGACAUGGGAACUCCCUUUGAAGUGACACAUCAAUCUAUACAUGACAUUGGAUAAAAGAAAUAUUGGAAUCCAUUACCUAAUUAAUAAGCCAGAAGAACACUAAUGUCCAAAUUUGUUACUGACCCACAUCCAGCUGCACCCUAAAAUCAAAUUUACUAUGCACAUCAGUAAUAAUGAAGUCUCCUUCUUGGACGUUAAAGUCAUCAUGGAUAAAUUAGAAACUAAUAUAUUCAGCAAAAAAUGAACUAUAGUCAUCGAUAUAUUCAAAUACAUGUAUCCGACUGUAAGCCUCAUCAAACUUUCAAUUCUAUAGUUUACAGUGGGGCUAUUCGGAUGAUAUCGAAAUAAGACAGGCAGAAAGAGAAAUUUUGUUUAACGUCCACUCGACACAAACUAGGUCAUGUCCUUAUAAUUAUUGCAGUAAUUCGAUUGCUCGUAAGGGAUAUUUGCAAGUGUGAUGGGGGGGGGGCGGUUGACUCGGAGAAAACCCACAAGCUUAGACAGUCGACCUUACGCCUUUCUACGUAACAGCUUUUGAUCAAAACCACUAAACUUGACUCAAUGAACGCGUUAGACCACUCGACCUCACUCUUGCAAAAAAAACCCCAAAGAUGUUAAUAAGAAGAAUGUUAUAGAAUAGAUAGCAACAUAUGACGCCUGUCAGCCCAAUUUACAUACAUUUGUCCAAGAUACGGAGACUAGCUCUCGUAUGUCAUGAUAUCCCAGAAGAAGGGAAAGACUAUUGGUCAAAUAAUACUAGUGAACAGUCUGAAAGCAUCUCGAGUGUCUGUAGUUAACAGUGACUUACAAAAAGAUUGCAAACCAUGUAAUAGACCUAAAUGUAAAGUGUGAGUUACGGUUGAAACUACAUCUAACAUUAUAAGAUAGACUUAAGCGCUUUUCGUGUUAAGGAUUAAUGGUACCCCCAUCCCCCUUUGGUACCUCCACCCCCCUUUGGUACCAGACUUAAUAGGCAUAGAAAUUGAAAAAGACCUCACAUACAAUAUCUCUACACGUCAAUACAUUCCGCCAUGAUUCGUAUAUCUGCACUAUAUACUGGAAAAUAUUACCAAGAAUGAUGAUAAAGCCAUUGCAGAAUAACUUUGGAUCCAAAUUAGCCAACGUUAUUAUCCAAUUGAUUUGAAAUUUAUACACAGUGUGUAAGUUCAUGAGAGGAAGAAUCUUUUUGAUUUUCAACAGAUUACAAUAACUCGGAACAGGUUAAGUUGUUAUCAUCUGAUUACAUGUUUUGUAUAAUAAAUUUUAGCACUAGGAA